GAGGUGAUGACAAUAAUGAAGAAAGUAAUAAAGGUGAUGACGAAGCUAAUAUGAAAGGUGACAACGAAAGCAGUAAGGAGAGUAAUGAUGAAGCUAACAAAGAAGGUGACAAGAAAGAUGAUGAAAAUGGUAACAAAGGUGAUAAAGAAGGUAACAAGGAAGACAACAAUGAAGAUAGUAAUAAAGAUAAUAAAGAAGGCAACAAGGAAGACGACAAUGAAGAUAGUAAUAAAGAUGAUAAAGACAAAGAAGACGACGAAGGUGACGAAGCAUCUAUUACACAGGAUAGUAAUUUUGACAAAAUUGAAAUUAAUCCAGCAAAAAAAAUUGCAAUACUUAAGAACAAUCGAGGCGAAAUUGUAUUGGAACCAAUAAACCCUAUCAAAAUUAGGAAGGCAGUAAUAAGUACUAAACUUCCUAAUUUUGAAAGGGAGAUAUUAACUGGAAAUAAAUUAAAGGUUUCAAAACAAUACCAUGAGCUAUUAGCAUUUGAAA